UACCCUUCAAUUUUCCCUGCUGUGGUCGAACCCACCCAAUCACAUAACAACAACUGUCCAAACUCGUGUGGCUACCUUCUACGAUACGCUCGUAUCUGAUAUCUCUGUUUUCGAGUCAGGAAAGGACUCCGCUGCCCGCUGGUAAUCGGGCGGAUUAGUCCUAGCAGCGUCGACCGAAAGAGUCGUAACGCUUUGAAGUGAUGAACUUGCGUUGUAUGCCUUCUGAGACUUGAAUUAACGUCUGGUGCAGAUUUAUAUGAAAUUUCUUCGACCAUAAUCAGGAUCGCAGGAGGUGCACAGUUUCUACCAAAAAAAAAAAAAAGUAACUUUUCUGCCCAAAAUCUACAGAAGUUGAACCCUCCACACAGAAGAAAAAAAAUUGCUAUUUUUCCCUUUCCUUUACCAAAAUAAAAAGGAUGAAUGAUAUUCUAAUUAUGAGGAGGUUGUCGUUAUCCUCGGACUAGGUAUUUCCAUAGACACCAUCAGGCGGUGUCGAAGGAGCAGAGAUCGGCGAUGUGGCCUGUAUGAGGUCGAGGACGUGGACGCAGGCGCUGCCGCUGCCGCUGCCGUGGAUACCGAAGUUCUGUGAAGUUGCAUGGAGAGAGGUUCUCGUAGAAGGGGCUUAACUUGACGGCGUAGCCGUUGAAAGGGGGUUUCGAGACCGGUAUUUGUUUCUCAAGGGUUUUAGCUGUCUGGUUGAGGCCGGAGGUGGAGAAGAGGUGUUGCGGUGACCAGAGAGAUGAGAGAGGGAGGGAGCUAGUUGUCGCACGCGGGGGGAGUGUCACACGAGGUUGGGACAGCUGUAACUUUUCUAUUGGGUUAGCUGCAAGAUUUGCAGCUCGACGAUUGGGAUUCGUAAUUGGAUAGGAAUCGAGGUGAGACAGUAAAAGGCAGGAGGAAGACUGAAAUUUUGCAACUCUCAAGCCCUAAAAUUCUACACUUUUUCUCUUUUAUACCUCUUUGUUUGGGUUACUUUGAUCUCUUCUAAUUCCCACCUGUUGUAUCUCUAUUUCUCCGACAUCCUUGUUCUAAGCUGAAACCUUCAAUAUACAGCUUUUGGUUUGAUUGCAGUAGUUUUGGCGGGAAAAUGGAAAAUGACUCUUUAAUGGGAGAAAAAUCAGCUGGCAAUAAGGGAACAAAAAGGGGGGUAGGGGCGGGAGCCAAAAAAAGCAAGGGAGGAAAGAAGAGGAAGGCAGGAGUGGCCGCGACAGAGGGAGAGGCUUCGACAGAUUUUAUUGCGGAUCAAGAUACUCCGCGUGUAACGGUUUCGACGUUCGAUUAUAAUGUUGACAAUUACUUCAGAGCCGUGGAUACGAUUUCUAAGCUUUGUGGAGAGGAGGGGGAAGCUGUCAAUGCGAGUGAGGUCGAACGUUUAUCCACGAUGAUCAUUUUCUUAAGAGAGUGGAAGCAUUAUUAUUACAAACCAAGAAUCAUUAAGUUCACUUGUGGAACUGAAAAACUGCAACAAAAAGAUGUUGUUAAUGGGAUAAACUUACCUCAAUUCUCUUCUGCAACUGUUCCAAAGAUGGAGAGACUAUCUGAUGACAUGAAUUUUAUAGAGUCAAGAAUAUCCCUUCUUAAAUCUUGUUGCAGCAAAGAUUUUAUCUUGUAUGUUGGAGGCCCUGUCUGGGCAUUGGAUUGGUGUCCGAGGCUACAUAGGAGUUCCGAUUGUCAUAUUAACUGUGAGUAUCUUGCUGUAGCUGCACAUCCUCCUGAAGCUUCUUAUCACAAGAUAGGAGUCCCAUUAACUGGUAGAGGUGUCAUUCAAAUAUGGUGCAUUUUAAACCAAAACGUGAAAGAUGAAGUGGUGACUCCAUUAAACAAGGCAAAAGGAAGACCAGGAAAACCAAAUGUCCUGAAGGAUGAAUCAUCUGCAUUGAAGAAGCCAAAAGGGAGACCUAGGAAAACAAAUGUCACAAAGGAUGAGUCACCUGCAUUGAAUAAGUCAAGAGGAAGGCAUAGAAAGAAGGAAGCUGAAAAGGAACUAGAUGAUUUAGAGAGCAACAGCCAAUUUAUUCCAGCCCUUGCUGUUGAAUUCCCAGAAGAUUCACAUGAGUUUCAUGCUGUGAAUAAGGUGAACAAGAGUAAUGAUGAACAACCUCUGCUGGACAACUGUAUUGCAGAUUCUGGGUUGGAGGCUGAAACAAGAGAACACUUCAGUUCUGGAAUUUCAGCUUGUAAAUCAGGGUUCAGUACUUCACAGAGGAGAAGAAAGAAAGAUAAGGCAAGGGCUGGAGAAAAUUUGGUUGCAGUUGUGGAAGAAAAUAAUAGCUCUGAGCAGGGUCUGUUAGCAUCAGAUAAGAACACAACUAAUAAUGGUCUUGGCAAUAAUUCUCAUCUUCCAAAGGAUGUUACUCUGCCUAGGGUUGUUUUGUGUCUGGCCCACAAUGGAAAAGUUGCAUGGGAUGUGAAGUGGCGUCCUUUAAAUGAUUCAGGAUACAAGAAUUCAAUGGGUUAUCUUGCUGUACUGCUGGGAAAUGGCUCUUUGGAAGUGUGGGAUGUUCCUCUACCAAACACAAUCAAAGUCUUGUAUUCUUCUUGUCGCAAGGAUGGUACUGAUCCUCGUUUUGUUAAAUUGGAGCCUGUGUUCAGAUGCUCAAAGUUGAAGUGUGGGGACAGACAAAGCAUUCCUCUUACAAUGGAGUGGUCACCUUCAGCUCCGCAUGAUCUAAUACUAGCAGGGUGCCACGAUGGAACGGUUGCUUUAUGGAAGUUUUUUCCAGGAGGUUCUUCUCAAGAUACACGACCUUUGCUUUGCUUUAGUGCAGAUACUGUUCCCAUUCGAGCACUUUCUUGGGCUCCAGAUGAAAGUGAUGCGGAGGGUGCAAAUGUAAUAGUAACUGCUGGACACGGAAGCCUAAGAUUUUGGGACUUGCGUGAUCCAUACCGUCCUUUAUGGGAAAUUAAUUCAGUGAGAAGAGUGGUUUAUAGUCUGGAUUGGCUGCUAGAUCCUAGGUGUAUCAUUUUGGCCUAUGACGAUGGUACACUAAGGAUCCUCAGCUUGUCAAAAGCUGCAUAUGAUGUCCCUGUGACAGGGAAACCUUUUUCUGGGACACAACAACAAGGGUUGCACAGCUAUUACUGUUCAUCAUUUACAAUCUGGAGUGUUCAUGUAUCACGACUUACAGGUAUGGUUGCAUAUUGCAAUGCAGACGGAACGGUUCUCCAUUUUCAGCUUACAGCCAAAGCAGUGGACAAAGACCCUUCUCGUAAUAAGACCCCACAUUUUCUUUGUGGCUCACUGACUGAGGAUGACUCCACCCUUUCAGUGAAUACUCCUUUGCCUUGCACUCCCUUCCCUAUGAAAAAGUCCCUGAAUGAAUGGGGAGACACCCCAAGAUCCAUCCGUGGGAUCUUGUCAGGCUCCAAUCAGGCGAAGAAAGCAAAUGAUGAAGUUCUAGCUUUGUGCUAUGGUGAUGAUCCGGAACCUGGUUUUGGAUAUGACAACUCACCAGCUAAUCCAAAUCGAAGAACACAAAAACCAAACACAUGUAAGAAGAAAAAGCUUGGUUCAGACUUAGCAUGCUCAGCCGAGGAAGAGUUGGGGAAUUUACAGAGGGGUGGGAAUGAGAAGAGUGCAGCAAUGAGUGAGAUCGAAAUAUUUCCUCCGAAGAUUAUAGCAAUGCAUAGAGUGAGAUGGAAUAUGAACAAGGGAAGUGGAAGAUUGUUAUGUUAUGGAGGAGCUGCUGGAAUUGUACGAUGCCAAGAUAUUGCUGCAUCUUGUAUUGCAGAGAGAUCAAACAAUAAAUUCAAGAGACCAUGAUCCUUGUAAUAUGUUUCUUGUUUUUGUUGUAUAUCUGUAUAUAACUUAUUUAUGUCAAACCAUGAGAUGUUUGAUACAUGUUAUAGUUAUAACAUUUGUAUUUAAGAAAUGGGUUGUGAUAACAUCGCCACUAACGAAGA